AAGGCAGGAGAGGAGGAGGAGGAGGAGGAGGAGGCGGAGGAGGAGGAGGAGGGGGUGCAUCACGCUGGUUUAGCCUCUUCCUCUAAUGGGCGGCAUGAAGAAUGUGUGUUUUAUGUCAUCCAGUCCCCUCGCAUGCUUCCUAUUCUCCUGUUUCAACUCGCGCUAAGAAGUGACAGGCUCCAGCCGUGCCUGAGUCCAGAGAAACAAAACAACAAUCCACAUCAGGCUCCCGUGUUCCGUUUUAUCCCUCGGUCUCGCAUUGUUCCAAAUUACACGGCCCCCUAAAUGAGUAGGAUCCGAGGAGAGAACACGCAGGGGACCGUGCGUUUUUUAAUGUUGUGAAAUCUGAUAGCUGCAGGAAAGAAGAAGAAGGAGAAGAAGAAGAAGGAGAAAGGAGAAGAAGAAGGAGAAAGGAGAAGAAGUGCCUGUAAUGAGAAGCAACCUUUGGAAUUCCUCCUCGUGAAAAUCCGAUUCUGCUGUUUUUCCCCUCUCUUGUCUUUAGGCUUGAAGACAUGAUCACUAGCACCAGUAUUUAUGGUCUAAAGAUGCAGUGGACCCCAGAGCACACACAAUGGGCAGAGCAACACUUUGACAUCUCAUCCACUACCCGCUCACCAGCACACAAAGUAGAGGCCUACCGGGGGCACUUACAGCGAACGUACCAGUAUGCGUGGGCAAACGAUGACAUCUCUGCACUGACUGCCUCCAAUCUGCUGAAGAAAUAUGCAGAGAAGUACUCUGGGAUCCUAGAGGGCCCAAAUGAAAGAGCCCUGCUGUGCUCCUACUCCGAUAGCACCACCGGACUCAUGAAUGGACGAAAGUCAGAGAAUGAGUCCUGGCAGGAGGGGAUUUACCCAAUGAACUGUGCUCCAGAUGUUAUAUCUGUGAGCAAAGCUGGAAUGACAGCUGCCCUACCCCCUACAGAUGUGUCGGCUAGCAUAGGCAGCUCCCCGGGGGUGGCCAGCAGCUUGUCUGAGCCUAGCUAUUCCAGCAGUAACUGUGGGAGCCACACAGCCACUACUCUCCACUCGGGCCUCCCCUCUCAGGAAUAUACCGCCAGCUACAACGGCUCCUACCUACACUCUAGCUACAGUGGCCAGAAUACCCCAGGACUCCCCUCCCCACACCCGUCCCCUUUGCACAGCGCUGGGCUCUUACAACCCCCGCCCCCACCUCCUCCCCCUACCUUAGUGCCGAGCUACAGCGCCGGGUCUCCAAACCUUCCCAACUACAAUUAUCCUCCAACAGGGUAUCCUUCCCAGACUUCUGUUGGCCCUGGUUAUAGCCCUGGGGGAGCACCCCCUCCUUCUGCUUAUCUGCCGUCCGGUAUUGCAGCUCCAACCCCAAUACCUCCCUCCACACUGCCGGGCUACACCUACCAGUCCCAUAAUCAUACGCCGAUUGCACCAACACCUUUGAAUGGCAGCACAUCCAACUCAUUAAAACGAAAAGCUUUCUACAUGAGUGGACAUGGAGAUAUGGACUCCAGCUAUGGUAAUUUCAACUACAACCAACAGCGCUCUUCACAGAGCCCAAUGUAUAGACUAACGGACAGUGGUGUGUCAGACUCAAACAGGGGCAAUGGCUUUGAGAGAACUGCUGAAGCUUCAUCUUUAGCUUUCAAGUCAACCAAGCUGCCAAUGACCUCUGAUCAACAAAGGAAAUUUAACAUGCAACCUGGCAGAGCACUAACUCCUCCAUCCUAUGGAUCAACCAAAAGCUCUGUGGGUGACCUCAGAACUGGAGAGCCCUACAGCAAGUUUGGAUCUCCCAUCAUGAGUGAGCAAACUGAAGAGCACAGACAGCACCUCUCUCACUUACUAACAGGGCCAGACCUCGGUACGGCUACCUCGUCCAUCCACGCUGCAGAGGAGCAACUGAAGAACAGUGAUUCCAACCUGGUGGAGAUGGUGACCUCGGAAAUCCUUCAGCAUGGCCCUCCGGUGGACUGGAGUGACAUUGCAGGUCUGGAUAUGGUCAAAGCAGCUAUCAAAGAGGAGAUACUAUGGCCCAUUUUAAGGCCAGAUAUGUUUAGUGGACUUACCACAUUACCUCGAAGCCUCCUUUUAUUCGGACCUCAGGGAACGGGUAGAACGCUGCUGGCCCGCUGCAUGGCUAGCCAGCUAGGGGCUGCCUUCCUGCGACUCAGCAGCUCAAGUCUGGUGACUAAGUGGCUGGGCGAAGGAGACAAGAUCAUCCAGGCUGCGUUCCUGGUGGCCCGGUGCCGCCAGCCGGCUGUGGUGUUCAUCAGUGAAGUGGACCUGCUGCUGUCCCCCCAGCUCAGUGAGGAGAGCCCGGUGAAUCGCCUCAAGGCUGAGCUCCUCAUGCAGCUUGACAGCAUUCUGACCUCUGCUGAGGACCAUGUCCUCGUGGUGUGCUCCACCAGUAAGCCGGAAGAAAUCCCAGAGUCCCUUCGGAGGUACUUUACCAAGCGACUGCUUAUCCCCUUGCCUGAUGGGACGGCACGACAUCAGAUAAUCAGCCAACUGCUCUCACAAAACAACUACUGUCUUAGUGACAAAGAGAUGUCACUACUGGUUCAGAGGACAGAGGGCUUUUCAGGACUGGAUGUGGCCCAGCUGUGUCAAGAGGCUGUAGUAGGUCCUCUCCAUGGCAUUCCUGGUGCUGACCUGUCAAGUAUCCAUCCCAGUCAGAUGAGACUGGUCUCCUACCAAGACUUUGACAAUGUUUUCUGUAAAUUCCAGCCUAGCAUAUCACAAAAAGAACUUGACAUGUACACUGAGUGGAAUAAAAUGUUUGGUUGUAGUCAGUGAAAGAGACUCAUCAAACACAAUUUCUUUAAACCCAAUAAUUAAAUACAAAUUCAAGUAUUUGGCCUUCAAUGAACAAGAAAGAAAACAGUGGCGACAUUGACACGACAUAAAGGGAUUGUCAGCGAAAGACAGAUGACAUUCUGGACAUCACAUAUUUGUAACAAUUAAUGAAAUGCUUUACAUGGCUUAAGCCAUCUACUCACUAAAACUAAAAAGACUUGACGAAGAUACCCCCCUUUUUGUAUAUACAUAUAUAUAUUCAAAUAUAUAUAUGUAUAUAGUAAACUGCUGAUCUUGAGAUUUAGUUGCUAUCAAGUGCCUGAGGUGGUGCUUUUUUUAAUUUGCUUUGGUUUCUUUGCCACACAAUCUCUGACAUUGGUGACAUGUGCUAAUAUAAAAGCUUUAAAAUGAAACAAAAAACUUAAAACUUGCUUUUUAUUCCCCCAUUUGAAACGUGUUCUGCAGCCGUGUCCGUUUUGUGCUCUCUGUGAACAGUUGUGGUUAUUUUGAGGUAAACUGAAUUUAUUGAUAUCAGUUUUCAUUGGGCUUCAUCAGCUUACACAGGUCCUCAUGUUUGUGCAUGUUCAAUAACAUUGACAUUCAUAUUUGUUUCCUUGGAAAUUCACAGUGAUGCUUCACCAGCCUCUCCACUAUAGAUGAAAUUACAAAAUAAAUAUUAUUUACAAUGUGACUGCAAGUUAAACAAUAAAUUACUAUGUAAUUGCUGUUAAAAUAAUGUUACAGCAGUAAUUCACAGUGUUUCCCAUUAAUGUAAAUUCUACAAUUUUUUUUCUUUCGGUGUUCUCGAUUUGAAAACUCAGGAAAGUGAUAUUGAUAUGUAUAGUACCUCAUAGGCUUGUGUCGAAGCGCUACAAACUACAAGAGCAUUUGGCUUGCAUUUGAACCUCCACCAACAAACCAUGUAAGGCUAUAUAAUACCUUGAAUAGCUUAAAAUGACUUCAGAAGGUUAAUAUGAUGAAUGUAUGAGAGUAUUUUCUGGUUUAUUUGCUAAACAUGAUCAAGUAAGUAAUUGGAUUUGUUUGAAAUAGAAAGCAUUAUCAUGAUUAGAGAUUUUCCUGUGAAAAGAACCAUUGUGUAUCUUGAAUUGUAGCCUCAAGGCCAUUUCUGUUUGAGUUAUAUUUCCUGUCGGGGAAAACCUUCACUUCCAUCACGUACAAUGAUCUUGUUCUUCAGUUCGCUGUUUGCAGAAACGGCCGUUCAGCUUGUGGUGACACGCAGCUCCAGAGACAUUUAAAAAAAAAAAAAAGUGCAGACAAACAUCUGUGGGUUGAGGAAGACAUCUCGCCCUGAGCUAUUUCAUUCCAUCCUGCUGCUGUUUUAUCAAUAAUGAAACCUAAGGAUUAUGUAUCGCCUAAGUUCCUUUCUACCUCAGUUCGUUAGUUAUCUCUGAAAAACAAAUUCACCAAGACUGCGAAAUGUCAGCACCUAUUGCGAAAUCUAUUAGCUUUACAUUUUGAUCACGCCCCAAUAUGUCCCUGUUUCUCACCACAUGAUGCACUUAAAGGGGAAUACCACUGAACACUAUGCCUUUGCCUAGGGACAAUUUGGUCUGUGUUAGCUUACACCCACCAGUGGAUCAUGUUGCCGUUGCCUUUUUCUUGCCCCUGAAUCUGUGAUGUCAAACAGAAAAUUUCAAUGUGAGAGUAUCCAUGAUGAUGCCACACACACACAUAUUUCCCUGCAUUAAACCAAUUCCAUUAGUUUCAUAUAAUGUACAGAGAAGAAUUGCUUUGACCUUCUCAGGCGUAACUGCAAAAUUCAUGAAUUGAGUGGCAUUCCUUUUUAAGAGCAUGUCUCAAAGGCUCGUCUCACAAGGUCUGUACACAAAAGGUAACUGUUAUUUUUCGGUCUAUUUUCUCUUCAUGCUUAAAGUGUUACAGUGUCAUUAAUCACGUCGCGCUGCCAUUAAUCUGUACAGUUUUCCAUGACAUCUCCGGGACACCUGAAUUGGCAAGUAAAAGUAUUGAAUGUAUUAUGUCCUCUGAGCAGUAAGGAAAGCAAAGCACUUGCACAAUGAGAAAUGCCACAGAAGUAGAGAGCACUGUAUGUGGAUGAUACUGCAGAGGCACCACAGGACCUUGUGUUUGUUUUCAAGCGGGGUCCCUUCAUGUUUGCCGUCUAUUGCACAUAUUUUACCACUUCUUUUUAUCAACCUUAUUACAUAGUGUGCAUAUUGAAUAACAGCCACCUGGUUUGGUAUUGGUAUUAUCACUGACAGACCUGAAUCAGGAUGUUUCCAGAUAAUCUGAGCAAACAGCAGAAACACUACAAAGCUUCAAAGACAGCUAAAAGAGUUGAUAAACUUGCAUGGUAAUGCAACACAACACAAUUUGAUUUCUUUGGUCAAUUGUCAAAGGAAAUUACAGAUCAUUUUCUAAGCUUCAAACGCAAAACAACAUUUUCUGAUGUGAGAGUCGACCAAUAUUCAUGUAAAAGGCAUUUUUACACUUUCACUAUAGAAAAAUGAACAAAAGAAAAUGAACAGAAAACUCCUUAAAUAUUGUGUCUUCAACUAUUGCACCUUGAGGUGUUUAUUCUAGUCCCAUCUUUUUGUCUUAAAGCCAAAGCAAAACAUCUUUCUUUUGAAUUUGAUGAAAACACUUUUGACAAAGUUUAUAAAUUUCACUGACACAAAAACAGAACAUUUUGAAUCGGACAUGUUCAAGCUCUCUCAUUGGGCUCAGUUAUUGUAUCACACUAUAAUAUUAAGAGUUAAAUAAGAGUUUACUUCAAUGUGUGAGUUCUGUGAAACAUGUCAGAUUCAAUGAACAGUGUUUAUCUCUGAAAUGGAAAAGCAGCACAGAUAUUAUCAGAACAUUUCAUAUGUCACUGUGUUUUCUUAGAAUGUAAAUGUGUCCAUGAUUCCAUGAUUUGAAUAAGUGAUUUUGUUCAUUGCAAGGUUUUUGACGAGAAUUUGAUAAGAAGCCCUAAGUGCCAUUAACAAGCACAGAUUACACGAGUUUAAGAGGUCGACUGUUCAUGAACUUGUUAAAGGGGAAAUACUCCACUCACAUCAAGAAGUACUUAAAAUCACUCAGACAACAAUGGACAUCGUGCCAGAUAUUUGCUUUAGUGAACAGUGCACAGUGCAGCGGUGGGCAAACGGACUAAAACGUACAUUUUGUAUCUAUUUUUUUUUGUUUUUAUCACAACUCGACAGAAAAAAGUCUUAAUCGGAGGAAAACAAUUACUCACGGUGUAUAUUUCACAUUCUGUAGAUGUUAUCAUUAAAAAACAGUCAUUCAUUAUUGAGGGUGAUGCGAUCAAAGAGCCUAGAGUCACCAACAACAGUUGAGCAGAACCUUUGAAAAGCACAUGGAGUCUGACAGCAACGCCGACUCGGUCACUUGAACCAUUUUUUUGUUUUCAUUUAUUUCAAAAUCUGUCAGUAUUUCUGUAUUUACAUUUGUGUAGACCUGCUUAAGAUUUUGAUUCCAUCCUUGUGUAAUUUUAUAGUCUGGCAUUCUUUAUAACCAUUUCUACCUCAUUACUACAUAUUGUACAUGUAGUACUUACGUCCUGUCAUUUUGAAUGUCAUGCAUUUGUGGAUUAAAACUUUAAAAAAAAGAAAAAAAGAUAAAAAAAAAAUCAAUGCUUGCCGUUGAAUCUGAACAGUUUACCUCAAAAAGACUGUCUUUAUCAAAUACAAGUCACAAAAAAAAAAUGAGGCACCUUGAGGGCAAAAAUGAAGUUGGCCUGCACAUACAGUACAGACGUACAGUUUAUUUACAAUGCCAUGUUUUCAUUGAAGUGUUGUGGGCUGUGUAGGUUUUCUACAAUGUCUCCAAUGUGAAUUAAUUUGCUGAGACUUAACAAAUUGCUUUAAUCCUUUGUCAGCUGUUGUAGUGCGCAUGUUAAUGUGUAUGUAUGUGCACUUGCAAUUUUACAUGCAAGUAUGAGGUGGACAACAUUACGAUUUGAACAAUUUGAAUUUUCACUUUUCAUAUACAUGUACAGAGAAUAAACUUGCACAUAGCUGUAUGUAUUGUACAUUUGCUAAUGAUAUACAGCAUACAUACGAAAAUGCACCACAUACAUGUUUAUAUGUGUGUAUGUAUUGCCAUACUUACAGUACAGUCAAUUUAAAUGUAUUUUAAUUUCAAGGUACAUAAAGGUUAUCGGAAAAUCUGAAUAAAGAUGUUUUGUUUUUUUUGUCCUGAAAA